CCCGUCUUGCGUUCAAAGGAGACUAACUAUUGCGGGUUAUAGUUCUCUUGGAUUCCGGAAAAAUUUCUUGACUUUAUUGCCAGACACGGAGACAUACUUGGAGCGGUGGGGGAGACCUUUUAUAGUUCACCUCCUGUAGAGUUAUCACUGGCAACGGAAGUAGAGCCAUGUCUGAAGAACCAGACUUUGAAAUUGACAUUUCGACCAGGGGCUUUGCGGAGGAAGAGAGCCCACUCACGACGCGAGAAAUAAACCUCAGAAAAACGUUUGGCUACAGAAGAGUACUGAUCCAACCCUCAGAGGAAAUUGGUCACGGCUCAUAUGGAAGAGUCAUAAAAGCCAAGCUUGACGGUCUUCCUUGUGCCGCCAAACUCCUUCACCACAUCUUCUUCACCUCACAUGAUCCUCACGUUGCUGACUUCAUUCGACGCUUCAAGCAGGAAUGCCGGAUCCUGCGUCACCUGAAGCAUCCGGGCAUCGUGCAGUUCCUGGGGGUCCUAGAAGACCCUCGACGUCGUAGCAACCGCAGACCGAUUCUCCUCAUGGAGCUGAUGGAGCAGAGCCUCACUGACUUCCUAGAGAGCCGACAGAGAGCUCUCCCCUAUCAUGUCCAGGUGAACAUCACCUACGACAUCACUCUGGGCCUCGAUUACCUUCACAGCAACGGUAUUCAGCACCGCGACCUUUCCAGCAACAACAUUCUUCUCACUGCUGGUUCCCGGGCCAAGCUGACCGACUUUGGCAUGUCCAAGAUGGUCGACCUCAACCCUCGCAUGAGCAGAAACAAGCAAACCAUGUGCCCUGGCACAGAGGUCUACAUGCCCCCUGAAGCAUUGCUUGAUGUACCUGUGUAUUCCGACAAGAUUGACGUGUUCUCCACUGGAGUGCUCAUUGUUCAGAUCAUCACACGUCGGUUCCCUAAACCAACAGCUCGUCACAAUCCAGUGAUAGAUCCCAGGUAUCAAAAGAGAAUUCUUGUCCCCAUUCCUGAGCUUGAGCGCCGAAAGAACGACCUCCAAGAAGUUUUCAUGACCCACUCACUUCGCCCAAUGGCCUUAGAAUGCCUCAAAGAUUGAAGAGAAAGAAAGGCCCACUGCAGGCAACCUCUGCCAGAGACUGGCACAGCUGAGGUCAACUCCAGAGUAUGGAGAGAGCAAGUCCCAGUACAACCAACAGGUUGUUGAACUACCACCAACCCCUUCAGCACUGAGGAUGAGGGACACAGAGAUAGCAGAGUUGAUGGACACAUUGAAGCUCUCAAUCAGGAGAAGAGAAGGUCCUGGGGAGGAAUCUUCUGGAAGAAAACCGAGAGAAACUUUGACGAGGAGAUAGCAGAGCUUCGCACAAAGAAGCGGCCUCUGGUCACAGAGAAAGAGAGGGAAGAGGAGGAGGAACGAAGGAAAACAGAGUACAAGAACGAAAAUGGCCGUUUGAAGAAAAGAGUCAAUGACUUAGAGACAGAAAACGUAAAAGUGCUCUCAGAAAAUGCUAGGCUCAAGAGGUACAUUGAAGAACUGGAGAAGGAGAAAGCUGUGGCUGCAACAGAGAAAGCUGAACUUCAAGAGAAACUUGCAGAAUUGAAGCAGAUCGUCCAAACACAUUUGCAGAAAACCAGUAGCCCAGAAGGAAGGGAAAUCUAUCACAAGCAGCAAGGAAAUCUAAAGCGGUGUGUCUCUCUUCCUUCACUGAAGUUGGGAGAACAUGAAGAAGAUGAAGGGGAAAUUGUUGCUGAACAGCGAAUGUUGGGUGCAAAAGUGUUACGACUCAACCUCAGUGAGGUCUGCCAGUACCUCAAUGCCAAGUCCAUACUCCAUGAGAUGGUGGAGAGGAAGCUCAUCACAUCACAACAGAAGGGAAACGCAGAGGCAUACAGCUCUACAUAUGCACAGAAUAUUUCAGCUGGAGUUGCUCUGUUUAAUAAGGAGAGCCCACCCACAUUUGCACUAGAUCUGUGCAAUAUCCUCGAGGCCACUGACUGCCCAAAAAAGAGAAAAUUGGCAAUGAAACUCAGAUCAGACCAUAAUAACAUCAAUGUAGAAAGGAAGAAACAAGCCACUAGAAGGUUUUACCCACCACCUACCACCAUCCCACCACCAGAGCUGAAAGUAUCAGAUCUCCAUAGUAAGUUCUUACAGACACUAGCAGCAGUGAUGGAGGCAUUUGAGCAGCUUCCUGACUGCCUCUCUCGUCUGAAACAGUUCCUCAGUCAGCUAGUCCUGCCAAUGGGAGAGAGAAAAGUCGUCCCGAUAGUCAACCCUAGCACAUAUGAGAAUGCUGCCUCAACAGAAGAGGUGCUCAGAUGUCAGUCUAGUCUCUGGAAUUGCUUCAGUCCCGACCUCCUCAAGAUGAUGUCAGAGGAGUGUCAGUGUCCUCCAGCGAUUGAGGCAGUGGAGCAAUUCCUACAGUUUCGCAGCAAGUGUGCCUCUUCCCUGAUUUGUCGACGGACAAAGUUACCGACAAAAGUAAGCAAAUUGACCACUUCCCUUAGUCCGUUCCACCUGGCCUACCACACUGGUCCCCUCAACGACAUGCAGUCUAUUCAUCCCUGUGUGUUUGAUGAGCACAAGAGUCCAGAGCAUCUUGAGACAAUCAGAGUCUCAGUCCAGGUGGAUCGACCUCACCUCACUCUCCAGGACUAUGAUGACAUCACUAUUGCUGUCUGCGGCUACUUCCACAUCCCCCGAGUAGCUCUAGUGUAUGCAGGUUGUUCUGAGGAUGGCCAGGUGGUCUGCUGGACCAUGUCCCCUGCUCUACUGCCAUACUUGAAGAGUGUUACUCCAGGAAGGAGUUCUGAUCGACUAAUGGCAGAACAAAGGAUAUUUGGAUUAGCAGCUGGAGACCUACAAUACCACUGUCUCAGUUUGAAGGAGGCAGAGUUAUUUGAAGCAGCAUUCUAUGGAUUGGAAAAAAGAGUGCAGAAUCUUAUUCUGCAAAAAGUCUCUAUAAAUUGUGUGGAUAAGGAUGGCGAGACUCCUCUCUACAUUGCCAGUUUGAAUGGACAUGGAGCAGUUGUUAAACUACUACUUCAACAACAUGCUGAUGUCAGCAUCUGUAAGAAGAAUGGUGUGACUCCACUAAUGGCAGCAUCAUUUGAGGGGCAUACUGAUGUUGUACAAACACUGAAUGAGGCUAAGGCACAGAUCAACACACAGAAACAGUAUGGUGCGACUGCUCUUCACCUGGCAGCUCUUGAAGGCAAAGUUGAUGUGGUGAGACUACUGACUGAAGCUCAGGCUCUGGUCAACAUACAGACUGAGAAUGCCGUGACUCCUCUCUACACUGCUAGUUGGAAAGGACAUGGAGCAGUUGUUAAACUACUACUUCAACAACAUGCUGAUGUCAGCAUCUGUAAGACGGAUGGCUGGACUCCACUAAUGGGAGCAUCAUUUGAGGGGCAUACUGAUGUUGUACAAACACUGAUUGAGGCUAAGGCACAGAUCAACACACAGAAAGAGGAUGGCGCGACUGCUCUUUACCUGGCAGCUCAAGAAGGCAAAGUUGAUGUGGUGAGACUACUGACUGAAGCUCAGGCUCUGGUCAACAUACGGACUAAGAAGGGAAGCAGACCCAUUGACAUUGCCAGAUCUAAGAGUCACUCAGAGAUUGUUGAAAUCCUACAGAGAAUGUAGCAUUUUUGUAAUGCACACUGUAAACACAUCAAUGAUUAUUAUGUUGGAGUCUGGCGAAAAGUACUACACAUAGCAGUAUUAGCUACUUGUAGAGUCUUGAUGGUAGAUUUCUUCCCUGUGGUCCCCUGGGUCUAGGAAAACUGGAGGUCAGAGAGGUCAGGUCACUGACAUGAGUUGCCUGCAUGGGGGAAACGUCAUAUCUGUCAUCAAUGGAACAUUUCUAACAUGAUUGGCGAACAAAGCGAGCCUUCCUGUCUGAAUUGCGCAAUUUUAUCUAGUAUCUGAAAUACAUGCACCAAUACCGAAAAGCAACACAGAUAAACAGCUGAAAUUUCACACUCGCAUUCACCCACCAAUCAAUGAUAAGGCCCAUUAUAGCAUGAUUAUUAAUACUGGGAUAUGUAUUUUUUUGUUGGCUACUCAAAUUUGAGUCGCAUUCAUGAAUGGCUCUUUGAAUGUUGUUUGAAUAAUACGAGCAUUGGUCAAAAUUGGAGAAGAAGAGAAUAACCUGGACCUGAGAGAAGGAAGAAGGGUCUUCUGUCAGUUGGUAGUUGAGGUCAGUGGUUGGUAAUGAGUGAGUCCACGAUACUCUCGGCUUGGGAGCUAUUGGUGGUGGCUUCUUCUUGGGGGUGUGGCCUGUUCCCAUUGGAGAACUAGGACAAGAGAAUGCAACCACAUAACUAUUAAAUUUUAACUACUGUA